AUGGACCCGAGUAAUACUAAGACAUCACUAGAGACAGAGGGUGCGAACGAACGGCCGCACAAUGCCAUCUCAUUCCUGCAUCUUCCACGCGAGCUGCGCGAGAUGGUCUACAAACACAUCCCUCACAACUCUGGAGUCACCACCUACGAUACUAAGCUGGAGCGUAAGAAACCAAACUGGCUAUCAAAAGGCAAAGAGUCUCACCCAACUGGCAGUCUCGAAUUCGAGAACAAGUACGGCAACUCUGGUGUCGCUUUUGGCUCCGAUGAACACUGCUUUGCCAUUCUCUCGACCUGUCGAACCGUCCACGCAGAAGCGAUGCCAAUAAUGUUUGCAGCAACACCAUUGGGCUUCUGGCGACCAAUGUUCAGUGCUUACAAAUAUCCAGCCUUUCUGGAAAAAGCAUUCUCUUCACUGCCCAUGCACGCAAGCAAACACAUACGUGUCAUGCAACUCCAAGGCGAACUCUGGGAUAACAACAUGGUUCGCCUUCUCAACAUGGCUGUCGCCAGGCUUCCUGAUCUUCGGACUCUCCAAGUUUGUUUGGAUAUACCAUACGGCAACUCUCAUGCGCGAAGACAACAGUGGUUCGACGACCCUGCUAUCCAACAGUAUUCCUGGCCUGUGGUUUCUACUUUGCACCUCGUUGCCCAGCGGCUCUCAUCCAUCAGUAUAACAAUCUCGCCACCUUGCGACAUGGUUUGGAUCAACGCCAGUGGUUGGGGCAGAGCGCGGGACAGGCGACCCAAGACUCCCGUCACUGGCGCCGCAUGUCAACAAUUCAUAUGGCUGCAACAUCAACUCUGGAUGCUCCAAUACGAGGUUACCAUCUAUGGAGCUUUGGUUCACGGGAAUGCAGAGGAAGGCAGAAAGUUCUUCGAGAACCUACAACUGCGAAGACUGGAUCUAUUCCAGAUGGGGCUGAACAGGUUGUUGGUGCGCUCGUGUAUCGACGGCACUGUAGAUUUCAAUUUGGAAGAUAAGAAAGAUGGGUUGAGAGAACUCACUGGAAGGUCCUUUGAGGUGGACGAGAAGGAGAAGAGCAUUAUUGUGUUUUCGGGGGAGGAUGCCGAGGUGAAGUGGUGCAACUUCAUCUAUAAGUUGAGGCCGAGAGGAGUGGCUGCCUUGCCAGCUCCAGCCACGUUAUGGUCGCGUAUAGAGGGUUUUACGGCCAGGUGGUCUGGGAGGUCUUCGGACCGUGUUGUACUACCACGACGUGAUUAA